UCCUCGGGCCUGGAGGAUCUGGCGCUGUUUUCUGUGCACCGCUCGGAGCCUGGCGAUGCAUAGCGGGGGCUGAAGUUUAGUUUCUCCUUAUCAGUGGUGGGGGUUUGAAGGCGGGAGGCCGGCCUGGCGCCCUAGUUGGGAGCCCCCUGCAAAGGAAGAAGGGAGCGCUGCCAAAGCCCUUGAUUUACAAACCAAAGAUGGGAACUUCUAAAGUAGCAAAGAAGCGGAUCCUCCCAGUAUGGAUGAUGGAGAAAAUUGCUGUGCCUGCACGAAAGCUGGCAGAAGGGAGGACAAAGAGAAGAAAAAAAGUUUGGACAAGGACGGAGACUGUCUAUUGUAUGAAUGAAGCAGAACUGGUAGAUGCAGCUCUUUGCAUUCUGGCUGAGAAAUGCAAGGACAGAGAAGUGGAGAGCGCAUCAUCGGAAGAUGAAGCCCAGGACCCUCUGCAAGUAGUGGCAGACCCUCUGAGGAAUUCAGUGAGUAGAUGUGACAGCACAGGAAGCAGGAGCCCUGCAACAAGCCCCAAGGCUCCAGACAAACGGGAGGCUUCAGCCUGCAGUGAGAAGACUAAAUCAGAAGAUGAUGAUGCUUUAAAAUAUGUCAGGGAGAUCUUCUUUUCUUAACUUCCAAGCUGAAUACAUUUCUCUACAUUCUGGCAAUUAAGGAUGCUUUGUGACAUGAGGGCAACUUCGUGGUGACAGCAGAGGGGAAGUACACAAGUACUGUCAUAGGUUCUUUGAAAGUGACUAUUGUUCAUUUGCAUUUUAGUAACUGAACUGAAUUACCAAAGAGGAAUGAUAGCGAAUGUUUCCUACAUGCAGUCUGGCUUCUUAUCCAUCUCCAUCUCAGGCUGCCCUGCUUCAAGCUAGCGGCUGUGCUGGAGCCAAGCACUCAGCAUGUUGAUCUACAAGCUCUUUAAUCCAGUGGAUGGAUGGCAUCUAUUCGAGCUUCUAGAGGCUCCUCUUGCCCCAUCGCCUGCCUGUCCUGCUCAUAGCCCUACUCUUUUUACUUGGUCCUCCUUCCUUCGUUCUAGGAAUGCCAGAUCCCAGCCUAGAAAGCAGUCUGUUCCUAGAAGGGCUCUGAAGUAGAAGGAACUUCAACAACUGUAGCUUUCUUCCUGUUGCAGAGAUGAAUUUCUCCCCAGCUUGUUAAUUAGUUUAAAAGGAUAGUUUCUCAUGUAGUCUGGCAACCUAAUUUUAUUCUGCUGUAGAGGAGCAAGUGGUUUGCGCUGCGGUGUAAUUUUUGUUGUUGUUGAUCUUUACUCAAGAAUAGGAAAUGUUGCCAGCCCAAGUGCUGCAAGGGUCCAUGGCUGACAGCCUUUUAAUUGCAGCUGUGAGCCACCACUAACACCUGUUAUUAAAGGUAAUUUUAUGUUCUUUAAUGUUUACAUAAAGUAUUAUUUAAAAAUUAAUUACAGUGAUAUAUGUAACAAAAAGUAAACAUGUUUUUAUAC